AUGUCGAGCAUGGGCGCCGACAACGCGUCGGGCUCGCGCUACUCGAAGCUAAAAGGGCAGAGUCGGGACCCAGCAGAGGACGCCGAUGAGAGUAGGGGCUUGCUGGGGGCCCACCUGGGAGCUGCAGGCUACCGCGACGAAGACGAAGACGAGGAUUCCGGAUAUCAGCCUCCUCCCCCUUCUUCAUCUCCUCUUCCCACUCCCACGCGGUCUCGCUGGAGCGUUUGGCCGUUUGGCAGAAGGGGCAGGGACACCAGGAAUUCAAGCCGGACCAUCACCUUUGGAGAGGCAGACCGCAACCGAACACGAUUUCCUCCCAACGUCGUGAGGAACCAAAAGUACAACGUUGUUUCGUUUCUCCCACUGGUCCUCUACGAGCAGUUCAAGUACUUCUUCAACCUCUACUUCCUUCUUGUCGCCCUCAGCCAGUUCAUACCCCCGCUCAAGAUCGGCUUCAUCGCGACGUACAUCGCCCCGCUCGCCUUUGUGCUCUUUGUCACCAUUGGCAAGGAGGCCAUCGACGACCAUGCACGCUACAAGCGAGACGUCGAGAGCAACAGCUCGCCGUACGAGACGCUGGUGUCGGGUGCCAGGCUGGAGCCUCGUCGCAAGAAGAGGGAUGACCGAGAGAGGCAGCUCACCGAUGGAGUCAGCCUCAUCCCAAAGCCCAGCUCCAAGCUGCGAGUCGGUGAUCUUGUCCUCCUGCACAAGAACCAACGCGUGCCGGCCGACAUGGUCUUGCUGCGUACCACUGCUGGCGACCACGCCUCGACGGGGCCUAGACGCUCUCUGGUGGCUGAAGAAACCAACUUCAUCCUGGGCGAGGAUGACGAAGAGGAGGAGGGGCAGGCUGCUCGUCCGAAAGGAGGCAAAGAAGAUGGGCCAGCUGAGGACGAGGGCGGCACCUGCUUCGUGAGGACCGAUCAGCUCGAUGGAGAGACAGACUGGAAGCUGCGUGUCGCAGUUGACUUGACGCAGCGAAUGAGCGAGGACGAGCUGGCAAAGUUGGAACAUCGGGCCAGUGUAUAUGCUGGCCCUCCCAUCAAGGACAUCCACACCUUUGUCGGUAACUUGACAAUCCACCCGAGCCCAUUGGAAGAUGUCUCAAGAGCCUCUUUGCAAGACGACACCGUCGUUGGCGAUCUCAUUGGAACGCCAGAGCCUUCCACUUUGCCAAAGGGGCGAGCGAGGGACUCGGCCAUCAAGCUCAGUCGACAGGCCCAGGUGGCGCCCUUGACCGCCGAGAACGUGCUGUGGGCCAAUACAGUCCUGGCAGCGGGGAGUGCGCUGGGUGUCGUCGUCUACACUGGCCGGGAGACUCGAGCGGUCAUGAACACGAGCCAUCCGUCUACGAAGAUGGGCAUCCUAGACCUCGAGGUCAAUAAGCUGUCCAAGAUCCUUUGCGGUGUGACUUUUGCCCUCUCCGUCGGCCUCGUCGCCCUCAACGGCUUCCGUGGUCAAUGGUACAUCUACAUCUUUCGCUUCCUCAUUCUCUUCAGCUCCAUCAUCCCCAUCAGCCUUCGCGUCAAUCUCGACAUGGGCAAGACGGUGUAUGCGCGCCAGAUCAUGAACGACAAGGAGAUUCCAGGCACGCUGGUCCGGACCAGCACUCUUCCAGAAGAGCUCGGCCGCAUCGAAUACCUCCUAAGCGACAAGACCGGCACGCUGACGCAGAAUGAGAUGGAGCUCAAGAAGUUGCACAUGGGCACCAUGAGCUACAGCUGGGACAGCAUGGACGAAGUGGCCAGGCAGCUCGCCGCAGCCAUGGAGCAACAGCGAGAGGCACAGCAGAACCAAGUCGGCGGCGCUGGCGGACCAGGAAGUCCCAGCACCAUCAAGACCAACCCGAUGCUCGCCGCCGGUGGCAUGUUUGGCAGCCGAGGUCGUCGCGACAUGAGCUUGCGAGUCAAAGACGUCGUCAUGGCCUUGGCAUUGUGUCACAACGUCACGCCCGUCGAUGACAGCGAUGGAUCCAUCACAUAUCAGGCCAGCAGCCCAGACGAGGUCGCCAUCGUCCGGUGGACCGAAUCGGUGGGCCUCGCCCUGACAUCGCGCGAUCGAACCUCGAUGUCGCUGCGGACGCUGGCAGACGGCGCAACGCACGCCUUUGACAUUCUCGAGGUAUUCCCCUUCACCUCAGAGAGCAAGCGAAUGGGCAUCGUCGUCCGAGAUCGCGGCACUGGCGAGCUGACAUUCUACCAGAAGGGCGCUGAUGUCGUCAUGGCCAAGAUUGUGACGCAGAAUGACUGGCUGGACGAGGAGUGCGGCAACAUGGCCCGUGAAGGAUUGCGAACCUUGGUCGUGGGACGCAAGAGACUUAGCGAGGAGUCUUGGAAGGCAUUUGAAAGGUCCUACAAGGCCGCGAGGGUCCGCGUCAGUGGACGCAAUGAAGCCAUGGCGCACGCCAUCGACGAGCACCUCGAGCGCGACCUGGAGCUUCUCGGACUGACUGGCGUCGAAGACAAAUUGCAAGACGACGUCAGGACGACGCUCGAGCUCCUGCGCAACGCUGGGGUGCGCGUCUGGAUGCUGACUGGCGACAAGAUCGAGACGGCGACGUGCAUUGCCAUCUCGAGCAAGCUUGUCGCGCGCAACCAGUACAUCCAUCAAGUGGCCAAGCUCAAGUCGGUGCAGGAGGUUCGAGAGAUGCUCGACUUUCUCCGGUCCAAGCUCGACUGCUGCCUCGUCAUUGACGGCGAGUCGCUGCAGCUCAGCCUGGACAAUCACAAGACGGAGUUCAUCGAGCUUGCCACGCAGCUCACCGCUGUCGUCGCCUGUCGAUGCUCGCCAACGCAGAAGGCCGAUGUGGCACGACUGAUCAGGGGCCACACCCGGAAACGCGUUUGCUGCAUCGGCGACGGAGGCAACGACGUGUCGAUGAUCCAGGCUGCCGACGUGGGCCUCGGCAUCGAGGGAAAGGAGGGCAAGCAAGCUUCGCUGGCCGCCGACUUCUCCUUGACACAAUUCUCUCAUAUCACCAAGCUCGUGGUCUGGCAUGGGCGAAACUCGUACAAGCGGAGCGCCAAGCUGGCGCAAUUUGUCAUCCAUCGUGGUCUUAUCAUCUCGGUCAUUCAGGCCGUCUUUUCCUCCAUCUUCUACUUUGCUCCCAUCGCCCUCUACCAGGGCUGGCUCAUGGUCGGCUACGCCACCGUCUACACCAUGGCACCCGUCUUUAGCCUGGUGCUGGACCGCGACGUGAGCGAGGAUGUGGCACUACUCUAUCCGGAGCUCUUCAAGGACAUUGGCAGAAGCCUGUCGGCAAAGACGUUCACCGAGUGGCUUAUCGUCUCCAUCUAUCAAGGCGGCGCCAUCAUGAUUAUGAGUCUGGUCGUCUUUGAAAAGGAGAUGAUCAACAUUCUCUCCAUUUCGUUUACGGCGCUCAUCCUCAAUGAGCUCAUCAUGGUUGCCCUGGAAAUCACCACCUGGCACGUCUACAUGAUUCUCUCCGAGGUUGUCACCCUCAUCAUCUACUGCAUCAGCAUCACAUUCUUACCCGAGUUCUUCGAUCUCUCCUUCGUCCUGACGACGACGUUCCUUUGGAAGACGGCCGUCAUUGUGGCGGUGAGCAGCCUUCCGCUGUACUUCAUCAAACUGGCGAGAGCCACUCUGGCACCGCCGAGCUACAGCAAGCUGGCCAUGUCUUAG